AACAAGAAACCUUGCACGUUUGUUAAAAGCAAAUAUCAAAACUAAACUCUUAAAACGUCUGUUAGAUAUUUUGCUAUUCUCGCUCUAAAUUUUAAAUCACCAUUCUAGAAGGCAAUCAAUUCAAGAAAAAAAAAACACAAUCAACACUAUCAUCGUUACUUUACUUUCUUGCAAAUAUUUCCAUUUUAGCUCCUUUCGAAUAAAUAACACAAUGGGUUACGAAGAAUUAAUUCAACAGAAACGAAUUGAAUCCUGUCUAAAGAAACUAAAGGCAGGUUUCACAUGUCUCAAACACGGAAGAUAUGGUAGUCCUCAUCAAAGAACAGUCUACGUCAAUUCCACAGUUGACAAAGUCAUGUGGAAAGACGAAAAAGAUAAAAAAUCAAGCGAACCACUUUCGUCUUUUGUUAAAAUGCAGAAAGGAACCGAUACUCCUGUAUUUAAACGAAAGAAAGACGUGAAAGAAGAGUUGUGUUUUUCAUUGGUUGGUGAUGAUCGAACUCUUGAUUUGGAAUUUACAAAAAGUGAAGAUCGUGAUUUUUGGUAUGAUGUUUUUCAAUCCAUUUUGAGAUAUUUCAGACAAAAGACACAUGGAUUGACAAGUAUGGAAAAGGAAGCAGAGAAGGAUUUGCAAGUUUUGGCAAAAAGAUGGAAUUUUGAUAUUGAAUCGAAUAAUUGGAAGUUUAGUAAAUUUUUGACAAAGGGUACAGUUUUUGAAGAGAGUGAUUACAUUACUUUGGGAAGAGCAUUGAGUGGGAAUAAUAGUUUGGAAACACUAGAGUUGACUGAACUCAAGAUGGUUGAUUCAUUGUUUAUGAAGGCAUUUGGUUCAUUGAAGAGUUCACUAAGAGGAUUGACAUCACUCAUUCUGUCAAAUAAUGAUCUGUCAGAUGAAGCUGCUUCAGCUAUUGCUUUAAUGGUGAAAGAUUGUAAAAAGCUGACACUAUUGGACUUGUCUCGUAAUGUUAUUACAGAUCAAGGAUUUGAAGAUAUUGCUCAUGCCAUUGAAUCAAAUCCAAGUUUGAAAACAAUCAUUUUUGAUGAUAAUCAAGUUUCAGAUGCUGGUGCUUUGGUCGUGUGUGAAUGUAUUCCUCAUUCCAAAUUGGAAAAAUUAACACUCAAUGAUAAUAACAUUUCCAAUGAAGGAGCAAAACAGUUAGCUAUCCUAUUGAAGAAGAAACAACCUUUGAAACAUUUGGAAUUGGCAAGAAAUUCAAUUCAAUUCCCAGAACCAGGAGAUGAUGAUGAAAGUUUAGAAUUGGCUGCAAGCUUAUUGGAAGCAGUCGAUACUGAUAAUUAUGCAUCUCUACUAUUGACAAGUUUGGAAGGUGCUGACCCUAAUUGUCAAAGUGAAGAAGAUGGAAAGUCACCACUCCACGUUGCAUCAAUCAGAGGAGAUCGAUUAAUGUUGGAUUAUCUUAUCGAACAUCCGUACAUUGACAUUAAUACUCAAGAUGACCACAAGAAGACUCCACUCUACUAUGCUAUGUUUUUAAAGCAAUUUGAAAUUGCCAAAUUAUUGUUGGAUAAGGGAGCUGAUUUUAAGAUUCCAGACGAGAAUAAUAGAACAAUUCUUCACAUUGCUGCAGAGUUGGGUUGUAAGGCAAUUUGUAAAGAUUUGUUGGACAAGUUUGGAGAUGAUUGGAAAGCACUCACCAAUGACAAGAUGACUCCACUCCACUUUGCCUGUAAAUAUUCGCAGAAAGAUGUGGCUUCACUCUUAUUGGAAAGGGAUUUGAAAGAAAUGGAAAAAUCGAGAAAGGACAUUGCUCAAGAUGAUAAUUCAUCACCUCCGUCCACUUCCAGUACUCAAACUAUUAGUAGUGAAUUACUCUAUACCAAUUGUCAAGAUACUUUGGGAAGAACUGCUCUUCACUAUGUUCUGAUGGCUCAGGAACCAGAUGUUGAACUUGCCAAAAUGUUAGUGAGAUUUGGUUCAGAUAUUUCUAUAAUUGACAAUGUUGGAAGAACUCCUCUCCACAAUAUUCCAGAAAACUUGAAGCAAAUAUUAUUAAGUGAAACUCGUCACUUUAUGGCUAGAAAGUUUUCCAUUUAAUUUUGUUGUACCAUAAACAAUUCGAAUUAUAAAU